CUCAAGAGUGUUUUUAAAUAAAUUUUAUUUGAUUAUAAUUGUUUUGUUACUGAGUUAAGCGAAUAUAUAAAAAAUGGUAAUGGAACUGUUGAAACCGAUCAAAAAUGAGGAAUACUCAUGAUGAUACAUUAAACUUCAUACAUUAUGCGAGGUUUUAUCGAAUGUGACGCGCAAGGAUAAUGUCGAUAAGAUGAAAUUGAUAUUUCUGUUUACUAUUUUUGCAAAUAUAUGUACCUCAAUAUUUGCACAAAAUGAAGAAUGUACGAAAACAAACAACAGCCGCUGUGACUACAAAUGGAACGUACGGAAAUUAUCGGAAACUUUAGCAAGCAAAUUUAACGAAAUUGUGGUCAAAGAACUUGGAAGUGAAUACACAUCACAUCUAGAAGUACGUACUGCUUACAAAGUAAGUCGAUAUCAUACUACAGAUAGUAACACAUUAUCUAGUAUAGCGGAUAAGUUAAACUACAAAAUAUCCUCUGCUAUAAACAUACUACUCGAUAUGAGCAAUACGAUUAAUAAUACCGACACUCCGUCCUUCACUCAUCCAUGUCCAUUUACAUCUAUCGGCAAAUCAGUGUUUAUAAAAAGUUCUAGUGUGUUCGAUGACAUAUCUUCAAUGGACAUGAAGCCUCAUAUGAAGGGUAGAUUUAAAGAUUUGAAAGUUAAACGGUCAUAUUUUUUAUCAAACAUGGAUUAUGCUACAGAUAAAGAUUGUACAUCAAUGCCUCAUUCAAACUUAAGAUACUUGUAUCAUAAAGUUGUACAUCCAGAUCCAAAACUCAUUGUAUUUUUAAUAGAUAAUAAUAUGAAAAUAGAAUCACUACAGCAUGUUACAAGCAUUGUUAAAGAAAUAGCUUAUGCCCUUCAGAAUACUGAUUUAUUUGCCCUGAAAAUAACGAACAUGACUAAUUUCAUGAAGUUUGAGGAUACUUGUAGCAAUGAUGGAAUAUCUAAUCUAGGGAAUGCAACCGAUAAUAAUAAACUACUAUUACGGGAAUACCUCUCUUCAAUAGAAAUAGCAGCAAAUAGCUUAACACCAUUAGCAAUAAAUAGAGAGAUAAAGAAUUUGUUGAGUGAGAAGAAACUGCCUAUAAACAAAUUGCUAAUAUUUCUAACCAGUAAGAAACAAAAAGUCUUAAAAGAUGACGAGUGGCUCAAAAUAUUUCCACAUCCAGAAACCAUAGAUAACAAAGUAAAAUAUUCUAUAGGAUUGAUAUACGAAGGAAAAACUGCAAGAAAUAGUUCAAUAGAAAUAUUACAUUUUGACAAAUUGCAUAAUCAUUCAAAAAACCAUUCUGUCAUGAAGCUUCAUCUUAACAACAGUGCAGUCAUUGGACAGAUCGCCUCUGCGUUUAUCUCUUUACUGCCGAGUAGAUUUGAGACUAAACUGCAAACUGAAGGUCCAGUGUGGGAAGCUACAGAACGAGACUUUAUGAUUUCACUUGUAAAUCCUAUUUCAAAUGGUAUUAUGGGAUUGGAUCUGUAUUGGUCUGAUUUGGCUGAAGAUAUUAUUUAUUUCAAGGAAAAAAAUCAUAAAAAGAGAGCAUUUGUUAUGGACCUUUCAGGUAAGAUUCUCAUGCAUACAUAUUUUCCGAGGCCUGAAUCAACUUCAGAUAAAAUUAAAUUUACUACUCUAGAAGCAGUGGAAACCUGUAAUUGUACUGAUAUUGUUAAACAAAAGCUAUUGACUAUUGAUUCAGGAAAUUUUACAGUUAGUGAUACCAACUCUUCUAAAUCAAUAACAUAUUCUUGGAAAUGGGUGCAAAAGUUAUACAUAGUUUGUAUUGUAUCAGAAAUAUCUAAUAAUAAUUUGACAAAUAAAACAAAUAUAUUUUUUACAAGAACUAGUAAAGAAAUACUAUUUCACAGAUUAGAUCUUUUUCCUCCUAAAACUGGUAAAGUCUGUCGCCAUUUUAAACAAAUAUCUACCAUUGAUCAAGGGACUGUGUACUUAAGUCCUUCUAGCUUUCAAUCUCCUUUUACGUACUUAUAUGAUAUGGGUGACGGUCAAGAAGCAAUUACAUAUAUGCAAAAUUACUUAGCUUAUCUUAAAAGUGUUGCACAUGGUUUAUUGUCUAAUCCUGGAUUGAAGAAUGAAAUACAACAAGAUGUUGGAUUUUUAAAUUCAAUAUUAUCUUUUUAUAAGAGGCAACAUUUACAUGGACCCUACUCAAAAUACAUUGUUAGAAGGUAUGCUGUAACAGAGAAUGGAGUGCUAGUUAUGUUUCCUGGCACUGUGUUAGAGUAUGAUUAUGAGCCAGUUCGGAGACCAUGGUACAUAUAUGCAGUUGAAAAUCCAGGUAAAAUAAUUCUGACCCCUCCAAAUUUAGAUGUUGGAGGAGCUGGAUACAUUGUGUCCAUUUCAUACGCUGUAAGAAGCCCUAUAUAUCCAUCAAUGGUUGUUUCGAUGGAUGUAACAAUGGGUUUCCUCUACAAACUCCUUAUAGAUAGUUUGCCAAUGUGUGCCAAUUCAUAUUAUGUUAAAUGUUUUAUUAUGAACAAUCGUGGGUACUUGGUCUCUCAUCCCGGAUUGAUGGAUCCAAAUAGUUCAGGUCCCAUUGAACAACAACACAUAACCCACAAAGAAUCAAUGAUAGCCAUUGAUAUGUUGAAUCACAAAGGAUUUGUCACAAAAAGACUGUGUAGUAAUUUCUAUGAUAAAACUAUUCAAAGAUUUUAUGAAUUUAAUACUUCUUUACCAAAUGUACUUUCAAAUGUAGUAUCAGGUGACCAUUGUAUUCAUUACUAUAUUGCAUCCAUCCCUGGAACUAAUGCUUUCAUAGGUCUUGUUAAUGCAUCCUGUAAUGUUGGUGCCUUUUGCCCAUGUAGCAUGGUUGACCGCCUGUGCUUGAAUUGUAAUCGCAUGGAACAAACUGAGUGUGAAUGUCCAUGUGAAUGUAGUUCAGAGUUAUAUGAAUGUCCUAACACCAAUCUUUCGAGAUUUGACCAAAAUAUUCCCUUGUGUGGUAUAAUGCCUGAGAAUAAUAAUCAUAAAUCGCAUUAUUUCCAUAAUUUUGCUGAAAACUUAAAAUCUUGUUUUGAUUUUCAAUGUGAGACAUACAACACACAUACAUCUUGUUUAGGAGUUUUGGGUUGUGAGUGGUGCCAAAUAGAUACAGAUGGACGAACACGGCUGGCAAGUCCAUUUUGUACGUCUCAAUCGACUUGCUUUAGUGGUGUUCUUGGCGCUGUAACUCCGUACGGAGAGGGUACAUUUGGUCACGUCAAUAGGGACGCUUUUGCUAGUUAUUCGGCGAUUGGCCCGAUAGCCGGGUGUAUAGUUACGGUAUGCCUAUUUAUAGCAGUCGCUAUAUAUUGCUACAGACAGAAUACCUCAUCAGAUAGUUGCCACAAUUUGUAUGUUGACGGCCCAGCUGAAACUUGGCACGAUGCUGAUGUGCAAAUGAGUCACUUGCCAUCUGAUGACAUGCCAGAUAUGUCUGGGCAAGAUAAAUUGUUACCAACAAAGGAAAUUGAGGCCCCAAUUUCUCCAUAUCGUGUGGUUACGGGAUAUAGACGUCCUCACACUGCUGGUGGUUCCGACCACGGUUAUUCGACAAUGACACCCCAUGAAGACUCGGAAACGACUGGUUUCUCAGUAAAUGAUCCGACAAUUUUAUCAGAUGAUACUAAAUCUGAUGCGAGUUUCCCAGCUCCAAGUAAAAUUAAACCACGAAGUAAAAACUCAGAGCUUACUAUGACCGUCCUACCUUGUGGCAAAAACAGUGUGCUGGCUCCCGUUACAGUGCACAGACAUAUGGAAGCAUCCUAAAACAUUGCUUAUCAUGCGGUAAUCUACCUCUUUUGUACAUAAUGUGACUAUUUUUUAACAUUAUAUUUAAUUAUUGUGAUAUUGUAACUUUUAAAACUUAAGUCAUUUUUUUUCUUUUGGUGCUUGAUAAAAAUAAUUGUUGCCAUGAUAAGAAAUAAAAUGUAAUCAUAACAAUUACAUUAUAAAUGCAGCUAACAAUUAAAAACAGUAUUGUUAGUUAAAUAAUAAUAAUAAUAUACAUACUUCUAUUUUAUCAUUUAAGUAUUUUUAUACAAACAAUAAUAAAUAAUAAUUAUGUAGCUAUCAUAUUAUAAAACUGUUUGCUAAGUACUUAUAAUGUAUACAAUUUAAAAGCGCUUUGUAAAUAUAUUUUUUUAAUAAUUCCAGACAAUUAUUUGAGUUUUUUCACAAAUGUUAACAUUAUUCAGUGUUGACACAAAUAAGCUGAUACAAUAAACUUUAAUACUAUAGUUCCUUGCUAUUUAAUUAUAAAAAAAAAACUUCAGAAUGCUUUAAUCUGACUGUAUCUUAUAAUCAAAUUAUCUGAUAUUCUUUUCAAAUGGAUGUACUUAAAGUAGCUUAAAAAUAUCGCUUAUUCUCUUUAAUAUGUAUAUUAAAAAUGCUUCUAAUCCAUUGAAAAGUAAAGAUAU